GAAAUCAGUUGUCAACACAUAUUUAGUGGAGUAUUAUGGUGCGUUUAGAUUCGAUCCGAUUUGUAGAUCAGUCGCAUAAAAAAAGAAACAAUACGAUAUCCGAUCGGAUCGGCGUAUACUACACUAGCACUAGGUACUCAACUCUCAAGUACUCACUCACUGCUCCACCACUCAGGCUCAGCGCCUCAGCGGCCAGCGCUGUUUUUAAAAUUAUCCCUAGUUGAGGUUAUGCGGUAACAAGUAACAACUGCAACAACAAGUUUCAAACGUAAUAAAGAAAAUUAUAAUAAAUUAAGUCUACCAUCUGAUCAGUCAGCUAUCACCAUAAGUUCUAUAAACAAGAAAAUGGAUUAUUAUUCAUUCGUUUCGGGCUUAGGAUGCGGCCUAGUUAUUGGAUUAUCGCUAAUUACAUUGAGAAAGUAUUUUGGAUCUGUUAAAGAAACCGCUAAAACCAUUAAAAAGAUAGCUUCAAACAGUGAAUAUAAAUUGAUAUUAGUCGUAAGAACGGAUUUAGGAAUGAGUAAAGGUAAAAUAGCAGCACAGUGUGGACAUGCAGCCGUUGGUGCUUAUGAGAAAGCAUUAAAAAGAGACCCAGAAGGUUUAAAAUCGUGGCAAAUGACUGGUCAAGCAAAGGUGGCUGUCAAAACAGACUCUGUUGAUGAAAUAAAACAAAUAGCUGAUAAUGCUAAGAAAAUGGGUAUAAUAACAUCAAUGAUACGAGAUGCUGGAAGAACACAAAUCGCACCUAACUCCAUAACAGUUCUUGGUAUAGGUCCUGCUCCAAAAAAUGUUGUUGAUAAAGUAACUGGGCAUUUAAAGUUAUUGUAAAUUUUUAACUAUGUAAAAAAGUUAUUUGAUUUAAAA